CAUGAGGGGCGGGGGCCCCGCCGCCCUCGCCGCCUGCUUGGCCGGGGCGCUGGCCGUGCUGGCGGGGCCGGGAUCGGGACCGGGCAGCGGCCGGCGGCCCCCCCGCAGCUACGGGCACCUGGAAGGCGACGUGCGCUGGCGGCGGCUCUUCUCCGCCACCCGCUUCUUCCUGCGCAUCGACGGCGGCGGCUGCGUGGAGGGGACGCGCUGGAGGGAGCGGCCGGGCAGCAUCGUCGAGAUCCGGUCGGUGCGUGUCGGUGUCGUGGCCAUCCGGGCAGUGCACACCGGCUUCUACCUGGCCAUGAACAAGUGGGGGCGGCUCUACGGGUCGGUAGGUCGGACGCUGCCCCCAGGAGGGAUGGGAGCGGGAUCAGGGUGCAGGGCAGAGCUGGGACAGGGGGGUCCUGCUGCCCCACGCCCUGACCUGUCCCAGCAGGGGCUGCACCCCCAGAGCCCCCCCAGGAUGGGAGCAGUGGGUCCCUCUGGGGGUGACAAUGGGCCCGGUGAGCGCAGCCGCCCCUCACCCCCUGCCCUCUCCUGCCAGAAGGAGUUCAGCCCCAACUGCAAGUUCACGGAGCGCAUCGAGGAGAACGGCUACAACACCUACGCGUCGCUGCACUGGCGGCACCGCGGCCGCCCCAUGUUCCUCUCCCUCAACAGCAGGGGCCGGCCGCGGCGCGGGGGCAAGACGCGCCGGCAGCACCUCUCCACGCAUUUCCUCCCCAUGCUCGUCAGCUGAGCCCGCGGCUGGCUCUGGACUGUCCUGUGGGGAAAAAAGGGUUAUUUUAUUUAUGUA